AUGGAUUUCUUUGAAGAGCUGAAUGAGUGUCAACGUCAAUUUGACAGAGGUGAAAUUAGUGAGGAGGAACAUAACGAACGUCGAAAAUUAAUAUUUACUAGAAUUGCAGAUCCAAAUAAAACCAACCCUGAAGCUGUUAGUAAACCAAAAGAGACGGACUUUUAUACAAUCCUCCAGUUAAAACCCAGCGCGACUGAAACAGAAAUUAGAAAAAAUUAUAGGAAACUUGCUUUAAAAUAUCAUCCAGACAAAAAUGGCAAUGUUGAAACUGAAGAGUGGGGCAAGAUCUCAAAGGCAUACAAAAUUCUCUCGGAUGUGAAUAGCCGUUACCUGUAUGAUAAUUAUGGAACAUGGAACGAUUCUGCAGAAAACAAAGCAUCAUUCAAUCGUUAUGUGGGAGGAGACCCAUGGCAACCUUACAUCGGUAACCUAGAAGUUGGCUUUUGGAUAUUUUCAUUUGAAGACAGUGAAAGUUCACCUGAACUGAAAAAUAUAUCCAAGGCCGAGCAGAAAAGUAGCCGUCACGCUGCCCGCAUAUCCAACAUUACUCGUUAUCUUCAAGAUAAACUUAUUCAAUUCCCGAAACAAAACGACCCUUCAUUUGAAGGAAGUCUUCGUCGAGAAGCACUAAAUCUUUGUGCGGAACCUAAUGGCAAAGAGCUAUUAUCUCUUUUAAGCGAAAUCUACAUAUCCAAGGCCCAAUCCUAUCUAAAUAAGUGUUUUGUGUCAGCCACGUCAAUUAAAUAUUCUGGAUUUUUUAACAUUCUUAGGUUCACGAAGGGGUUGGUAUCCGGAUUCUUAACGGUUAAAUCUAAAAGCGGACAACAGUUAAAUGAGGAUGAGGUCACCAAAUUAAUCUGGCAGUUUUCAUUGUCAGAAAUAUCCUCAGUUGCAUAUGAAACUUGUGAAAAGGUUUUAAAUGAUAAGAGUAAUGAUUUAGACCACCUCGCCAAUUCUCUGCUUCUCUUGGGUAAAGUGUGGCUGGAA